AUGGUGCCCAGUGAGAAGACCCAGCGGGAGCCGCAGGUGGGGUACGGCCAGGGCAGUGGGCUGGAGGUGGGGAGCGUCCUCGGGCUGGCUGAGAACCUGGUGCUGGACAGAGGGCAGAGGGCAGAGGUGGGGGGUCAUGAGCCACCUGUCAGCCUUUGCUGGUCUUCCUGUCGGGUGGCACUUAUUCCUGUCUACCCAGGACCAACCCAGAGGCCCCGGACCGUGUGUGAGCGCUGGAAGGAAAGCCUGCUCGAACACUAUGGGGGCAGCGCCCGGGACGACCAGUACGUGCCACAGUGUGAUGACCUGGGCCACUUCGUGCCCCUGCAGUGUCACGGCAAGAGCGACUUCUGCUGGUGUGUGGACAAAGACGGCAGAGAGGUGGCAGGCACACGCUCCCAGCCGGGCAUCACUCCCGCAUGUCUCCCUGGGACGGUGCCUCCCCCGAUGUUGCCCAUGCCGCGGCCUGAUGUCACUGCUCCGCCCGUGGGUGACUUCCUGCUCUAUGCCCAGGUGCAGCGCAUCGGCCAGGUGCCCCUGCAGGGCACCACGCUUCUGAAGGACAAGGCCAAGACCCUGCUGUCAGUGCAUGGUUCCAUCAUCGUGGGGAUUGACUACGACUGCCAGGAAGGCACGGUGUACUGGACGGAUGUCGCAGGGCGAACCAUCAGUCGCGCCCGUCUGCAGGCGGGAGCCGAACCCGAGACCAUCAUCAGCUCAGGGCUCCUGAGCCCCGAAGGACUCGCUGUUGACUACGUCCACAGAACCAUGUACUGGACGGACAGUGGCCGGGACAGAGUGGAGAGGGCCAACCUGGACGGCUCCGAGCGCAGGACCCUCUUCGACGUGGACCUGGUGAAUCCCCGCGCCAUCGCCGUGGAUCCAGCCGGAGGUAACUUGUACUGGACAGACUGGAAUAGAGAAGCUCCUAAAAUUGAAACAUCUUCUUUAGAUGGAGCCGGUCGAAGAAUUCUGAUUAGCAAAGACAUUGGAUUACCUAAUGGCCUAACCUUUGAUACCGUCUCCGAAAUGCUCUGCUGGGCAGAUGCAGGAACCAGAAAACUGGAGUGUACACGGCGUGAUGGAAGCGGCCGGCACGUCAUCCAGAGUAACCUCAACUACCCCUUCAGCGUGGUCAGCCACCUGAACCACUUCUACUACACCGACUGGAGGAGGGAUGGCGUCCUGUCAGUGGACAGACACUCCGGCCAGCUGACGGAUGAGUAUCUCCCUGAGCAGCGCUCUCAUCUCUACGGGAUCACUGCCGUCCACCCCUUCUGCCCCACAGGAAGAAAAUAAAUACUGCACCAGCAGAGGACUUGGCGUUUACAACCAGAAUCCUGACCCUAAAGAACAUUCGCUGCAAAGAAAGUGAAAAAGGAAUUGGCGGUUACAGUAUCUGGAUCUACAAAAUGAACAUUUUUUGUGAAAAGACAGUAUAUUUUGUGAAAAGUUUAUACCUCAAUCUUUACUACUACUGUAUAUUUCAGCAAAGGUUGUUACUGAAAGUUAAAACAGGUAACAACUGUUGCUUAUUAAAGCAACUUUUUAUUAACAUUUAUAUAGUAUUUAAAAAACCAAAUUCAUCUAAGAACAAAUUAAGAGUUUAAGAGCAUACCUGGCCAAGAACUCACAUGUGGUCACAGACGCUGACUGAGAGGCUCUGUGUAACUGAUGGGAAGCGAUGCCCUUAGCUUCCCGGCCAAACUUAUAAGCUUUUACCUCUGCGGAAGUGCAUUCCUAUCAAAAGGUGCUAGGAUUCAAUUUUCAGUGCCUCUGAAGUACCACAAGUACUGCAUUUAUAAAUGCCAAAGAUGUAAUGUUAUAGUUCUCAAUUUUUCUAGAUUAUUCCAAUAAAAAUUUAAAUUUUC